ACUCACUACAAUUAUAUGCAGAAGCCCAUGAAAAGACAGAAACUUAGCACAACUCCAUCAUCAAAUUCAACGGUGCCGCCGCCUUCGCCACCGCAGAUUCACCGUCUUUCUCCCGAACACGAACUCUCCAUCAUGGUAUCGGCCCUGAGAAACGUCAUCACCGGCUUCACCCCUUCCUCCACCGCCGUCGAUAUUCCAUCCGAUUUGGGUUCCCUUAUGACUUCCAUUCCCACCGUUCCUGUUGAUAGUGGGAACGUGUUAUUUCAAGCGAGAGAAGUUAUGGAUAAGUGCCACGUGUGCAAAUUUGAAGGCUGCCUUGGCUGCAAUCUUUUCCCGCCAAGUCAGCAGGAAGAACAAAAGGGUACAACGACGACGACGACCGUGAGUAGAACAAAACGAGUAAAGAAAAACUACAGGGGAGUUAGGCAAAGGCCGUGGGGGAAAUGGGCGGCGGAGAUUCGAGAUCCGAAACGCGCAACCAGGGUCUGGCUCGGAACAUUCAACACGGCGGAGGAAGCUGCUCGGGCUUACGAUAAGGCAGCCAUCGAUUUCCGUGGACCAAGAGCUAAACUUAACUUCCCAUUCCCGGCUACCUACGGUAAUGACGAAGUAACAACAACAUCAGCAGCGACAACGACCGCAGUUGUCUCCGAUCAAGAAAAUAGCGGAUCGAUGAAUUUGAACACUGGAAGGGACACGGAAAUGAGAUUCGGAACGGAGUUUUGGAACGGGAUGGGAGAAGAUGAGAUUCAACAGUGGAUGAUGAUGAUGAUGACGACGGAUUUUGAUUGGGACAAUAAUUCCUCGGAUUCUGCUACGACUCUGGGACUUGAUUAAUAGCCUUCCUUGUUUCAUUUUUUUAACUAUUUAUUGUUAGAAUUUGGCCAACAUAAAAGGCUCUUUCUUGUUGUAUUAGUUGCAAGAAAGGGUUCAUUAUUGAAGCAAAUGUACAUUUGUUCUUUAAAUGAUUCAAAUGGCAUAUAUUUCC